AUGGACAUAAUGGAGAUUCAGAAAAUGACAGGUGCAGCCAAAACCACAGCUUUAAAUUCCAGAACCAACCCAUCAAACCAGCGUUCUACCACUGUCUCAAGCUCACUAUUAUCCCUUUCAAGCCAUAAUGAAGAAGUACAUUCUCAAGCUAGAAAAUUGCUUUCGUCUUCAUCAUCACUAGAUAUACCUAGUACUUUAGCCAGCGAUUUACACUUUGACUCAAACGUGCUACACGAGGUGGUGAUUAAGAAGUUUAAUCGAACGAGCAGUGGCAAGAUUUACGAAAAGGAUUUGAAGGACAUAUUUGCAAUGCUAAUCGUUUCAUUGAAUCUUUCAAAAAGUUCAGCAACCUCGGCCAAAAGCAGAAGCUCCUCCCUGCCGUUCACAAGAAUUAGACUUAUCCCAGUGGCCAAGAAAUACUCAUAUUCAUUUCAGCUUCUGAAUGCCAUUGACCAAAUGGCUCACCUACGAGUCGAGAUCAACUUUUCAAGUACUGUGACUUGUCUAUCUUACAGCUUCCAACCGGAAAUUGCAUUCACAUUAAUAAACCAAUUCUACAAAGCGAAGCUUUUGCAUUCACCUGCCGAUAGAACACGAGCUGAGCCAAAACUUGAGGUGUGGUUGCAACCAACUCCCAAAGGAUUGUCUAUAGUACAAUCAUUUUGUGCAAAAGUUGGUAUCAAGAAGCUGAAUAUGCCAGAAAUCUUGUUGCAAAGUUUGUACAACUCAAUGCAAUUGUUCCAUUUUGACCGAGAUCAGAUUACAGACAAGGUGAUUUAUUCCUUAAGUCUAAUCCAUCUAUUGUUCACACGACUUUUAGGCCCAUAUCCAAACGUAUGGUCGCCGAUGAAUAAGCCAGAUCCAAUCUCAUGCAUGAGCAAUAGAGGAGGAGUGAUUUUCGGUAACGAGGCUGUUGAGGUUUUUAAAACCAAUGGAAGUGGUCAUUUCCACGAACAUAUGACACCAGAAUUUACACUAUAUCCGGCUGAUCCGUUCAGGUUUCUGGAGUAUCGGAAAAAUACAUUUAGCCUGUCACGUUAUUCCGGUGAAGAUCUAUCAAACUUAAACGUAUCAGAAGUCAGCCCAUAUCAUCACAGAUAUUUUCUGAAUCCCGAAUCUGACGCGCAUAUACAAUACUACGUGUCCUCAGUCGGGGUUAGACUAUAUAAGGAAAAAAAUUUAGAUGGUAUUAACCCACCUGGACCACUUUGUUAUCGCAUCAGAGGAAAAGCCAUUGUUCAGUGGCUUAUGGACUGCACCGAUCUCGUUAAACCAAAGCAUGCAUUGGAGAUUGCAAACUUGUUUCUAAGCCAAAAGUUAAUCGGAGCCUGUACUGCUGACGACGAAUGCGCUCCGUUUGAUCGCGAUCAAGACUACCGAUUGGAUGACAAGGGGAUAGAACUUUGCCCGUGGAGAAAAGUUCCCACUACAAGGUCUGUUUCCAGCUCACUUUGGAAACAAAAUCCAUUUAGGCCCGAAGUCACUUUGGACAAUAUCAUGCAAGAUCCUGGAUUGAAGUUUCAAUUCAAGAGCCAUUUAGAAAGGGAGUUUUGUUUGGAAAACUUUGACGCGUAUUGCCAAUUACAACUUUUCAAAGCCAAUUUAAAGCUUUGGAAUGAUUUGCUGUGUGUCAGUCAUCAUGAAGAGGAUGUGUCAUUAAAUCAGAAAUCUGAACAACACCGAAUCAUCCUUCGCGAUACGUGUAUGUCUAUCGCGUAUCAAAUUUACAACACCUACAUAAGUCACGAAUCGCCAUUUGUAUUGAAUAUUGAGUACAGCUUGAGGCUGAAAGUUGUAAAGUUGUUAACGCGGUUUUCCAACGACGAGAUAGGUAACAGUGGUGAUUUGAAACCUUACAUGAAAACUCCAACAGAGGAGUCUUCACUUGAAACAAUUGACACAACUCGUGAAAAGUUACGAGCUACAGAUAGCAGAAAGCUGAAUAGCAGUGGAGACACCAACCCGGACGAGUUAUUGAAGGAGUUGGCUGACUUGUUUGAUGAGGUAAGUGCCCACUUGUACAAGAUGAUGCUGGUGGACUCUUUACCCAAGUUUCUCAAUAGUCUUGACAAAAUAUGA